AUGAGUACAAUAUUUCGCAGUGAAGAAAUGACAUUAUGUCAACUCUUCUUGCAACCUGAUGCUGCGUAUUCUUGUAUAUCUGAAUUGGGAGAAUUAGGAAUUGUUCAAUUUCGUGAUCUGAAUCCAAAUGUAAAUUCUUUUCAACGUAAAUAUGUAAAUGAAGUUCGACGAUGUGAAGAAAUGGAACGAAAACUUCGAUUCCUUGAAACCGAAAUAAAGAAAGAUGAAUUACCAAUAUAUGAUCCAGAAGAUAAUCCUGAUGCACCAAAACCUCGAGAAAUGAUAGAUCUUGAAGCAACAUUUGAAAAACUGGAUCAUGAAUUAAAAGAAAUUAAUACAAAUGCUGAUGCACUUCUACGAAAUUUUAACGAAUUAACUGAAUUAAAACAUAAUUUAACUAUGACACAAGGAUUUUUUGAUGAUGCUAUAUCUCAUCCAGUUGGUGUAAUGGAAGAUGUUGGUGGAGAACGAGAAAUGGAAUUAGGUGGACAAACAACAACAACUGCUGCUGGAAUGAAACUUGGAUUUAUAACCGGUGUUGUUCCACGUGAACGGAUGGUAGCAUUUGAACGAAUGUUAUGGAGAGUUUGUCGAGGAAAUGUUUUUUUAAGACAAGCGGAAAUUCCUGAAUUAAUUGAAGAUCCUGUUUCAGGUGAAAAACUUCAUAAAACAGUAUUUGUAGUAUUUUUUCAAGGUGAACAAUUAAAAAAUCGUGUUCAAAAAAUUUGCGAAGGUUUUCGUGCAAAUAUUUAUCCAUGUCCAGAAAAUCCACAUGAACGUCGAGAAUUAGCUAUGGGCGUCAUGACACGUUUAGAAGAUCUAACAGUUGUUCUUAGUCAAACACAAGAUCAUCGACAACGUGUUUUAGCAGCAACAUCAAGAAAUCUUCGAACAUGGCAAAUUAAAGUUAAAAAAAUCAAAGCUAUUUAUCAUACAAUGAAUAUGUUUAAUAAUGAUGUUGCAAGAAAAUGUCUCAUUGCAGAAUGUUGGGCACCAGUUAGUGAACUUGAUCGAAUUCAAUUAGCACUUAGAAAAGGAUCUGAAGCGAGUGGUGGUGGAACAGUCUCAUCUGUAUUAAAUCGUAUGGUUACUCGUGAACAACCUCCAACUCAUCAUAAAUUAAACAAAUUUACACAAGGUUUUCAAAAUUUAGUUGAUGCUUAUGGUGUUGCAACAUAUCGAGAAAUCAAUCCAAUGCCAUUUGUUUUAAUAACAUUUCCAUUCUUAUUUGCUGUUAUGUUUGGUGAUGCCGGGCAUGGUAUACUUGUAACAAUAUUUGCAUUAUGGAUGGUUCUUAAAGAACGUUCACUUAAAGAUAAAUGGAGAAAUCAAGAAGUUUGGACAAUAUUUUUUGGUGGAAGAUAUAUUAUUUUAUUAAUGGGUAUAUUCUCAAUCUAUACAGGAAUUAUUUAUAAUGAUGUAUUUUCGAAAUCAUUAAAUAUAUUUGGUUCAUCAUGGAGAGUUCGAUUUGGUGAUGAUACUUUGGCUAAACAUGAUUCAGUUAUGUUAGAACCAACACCAUAUAAUUAUACAAGAUCAGGUGAUUAUCGACAGAUGUUUAGUGGUACACCAUAUCCAAUUGGUCUCGAUCCUGUUUGGCAAUUAGCAGAUAAUAAAAUAACAUAUACAAAUUCAGUUAAAAUGAAAUUUGCUAUUAUUAUUGGUAUAACACAAAUGGGUUUUGGACUUUUUCUUAGUUUAUGGAAUCAUUUACAUUUUAAUCAUCGUCAUGCAAUUUAUCUUGAAUUUCUUCCACAAAUUAUCUUUUUGGCAUGUAUUUUCUUCUAUUUAAUCAUAUUAAUAUUUUAUAAAUGGACAAGUUUUGAUGGAAGUAAAGCAACUGAUGCACCAUCAUUGCUUAUUCAUUUGAUUAAUAUGAUAUUAUUCUCAUAUAAAACUGAUCCGCCAAGUGCAGCAGUAUUUUAUACUGGUCAAAAACAAUUUCAAACAUUUCUUAUUCUUCUCGCAGUUCUUUGUGUUCCAUGGAUGCUCUUAGGCAAACCAAUUUAUCGAAUUGUAAUGAAUAAACGACGAGCAAAUUAUUCAACAGUAACAAAUCACGCAGCAGGUAAUGAUAGUGAUGUAGAAGAACAACAUCAAGAAGAAUUUCAUGAUCCAGCUGAAAAGAGAGGUGUUGUACUUGAUGCUGAUGUUCGGGAUACGGACACAGAAGACAUGCUUGAUGAUGAACAUUCACAUCAACAACAUCAUCAACAUGAGGUUGAAAUGAGCGAAGUUUGGGUUGAACAAGGUAUUCAUACAAUCGAAUACUUUCUUGGUUGUAUAUCUCAUACAGCUUCAUAUCUACGUCUUUGGGCUUUAUCAUUAGCUCAUGCACAAUUAUCUGAAGUUUUAUGGCAUAUGAUAUUACAUUUGGGUUUAAGUAUGAAUGGUUACGGUGGUGCGAUAGCAUCAUUUUUCGUUUUUAUGCCAUGGUCAUCAUUAACAGUAUUUAUAUUACUUUUAAUGGAAGGACUUUCAGCUUUUCUUCAUGCAUUACGUCUUCAUUGGGUUGAAUUUCAAUCGAAAUUUUAUAAAGGCGAAGGUUAUCCAUUUGUUCCAUUUUCAUUCCGUCUUCUAUUAGACGAAGCACCCGUGGAAGCUUAA